AUGCCUUUGACCAAGGAAGUCAGGGAUCCCCAGGGGCCUGUCUCUCUCAAACUGGACUUCAUAGACUCUCCUGAAAGUGCCAAGAAUCUACAAAACAGGAACUCUAGCUUCUUGGAAAGAAGCUCUGCAGAGUCACCAAGCUUGGAGAAGGCCAAGGGUAUAACGGGGUUCCAGACCUUGGUUCACCUGGUGAAAGGCAACAUGGGUACAGGGAUCCUGGGGCUCCCUCUGGCCAUAAAGAAUGCAGGCAUCCUGAUGGGCCCACUCAGCGUGCUGGCAAUAGGCUUCGUUGCCUGCCACUGCAUGCGCAUCCUGACCAGGUGUGCCCAGCACUUCUGUCACAGGCUUAACAAGCCCUUUAUGGACUAUGGGGAUACAGUGAUGCAUGGACUCGAAUCCAGUCCCAGCUCCUGGCUCCGGAACCAUGCCUCCUGGGGAAGGCAUGCUGUGACAGUCUUCCUUAUAAUCACCCAGCUGGGUUUCUGCUGUGUGUAUAUUGUGUUUCUGGCUGAUAAUUUAAAGCAGGUAGUGGAAGCUGUUAAUGGUACAACCAACAACUGCCAGAAUAAUGCGACUGUAAUGCUGACACCCACCAUGGACUCCAGGCUCUACAUGCUCUCCUUCUUGCCCUUUCUGGUGUUACUGGCCCUCAUCCGGAACCUCAGAGUCCUGACCAUCUUCUCCAUGUUGGCCAACAUCAGCAUGCUGGUCAGCCUGGUCAUCAUCACCCAGUACAUCGCCCAAGGAAUUCCAGACCUCAGCAGGUUACCACUAGUAGCAAGUUGGAAGACGUACCCUCUCUUCUUUGGAACGGCCGUGUUUUCGUUUGAAAGCAUUGGUGUGGUUCUGCCUCUGGAGAACAAUAUGAAGGAUUCCCGGCACUUUCCAGCCAUCUUGUCUUUGGGAAUGUCCAUCAUCACUUCCCUGUACAUAGUCAUUGGAGCUCUGGGGUACCUGAAAUUUGGAGAUAACAUCAAGGCCAGCAUCACCCUCAACCUGCCCAACUGCUGGUUGUACCAGUCAGUCAAGCUCCUCUAUAUUAUUGGCAUCCUGUGUACCUACUCUCUGCAGUUCUACGUUCCAGCAGGAAUCAUCAUCCCUGUCAUCCUCUCGCGGGUAUCAAAGCGCUGGGCACUGGUCCUGGAUUUGUUCAUCCGCCUCACCAUGGUCUGCCUGACAUGUAUCUUGGCCAUCCUCAUACCCCGCCUGGACCUGGUCCUCUCCCUGGUGGGCUCCGUGAGCGGCAGCGCCCUGGCCCUCAUCAUCCCGCCCCUCCUGGAGAUCACCACCUACUACUCAGAGGGCAUGAGCCCCCUCACCAUCGCCAAGGACGCCCUCAUUAGCAUCCUGGGCUUCGUGGGCUUCGUGGCAGGGACCUACCAGACCAUCCAUGAUCUGACUGAGCCAAAACCCUCUCUCACCUUCCCCAACUCCACCACGAAUAUUUAG